CCGGAGCGAUUCCCGGAGCGAUUCCCGGAGCAAUUCCCGGGGGCCAUUCCCGGCAGCGAUGUUCCGCCGGCCCCCGCGCAACUUCCGCGGCCGGCGGCGCGCAGCCUCCAGCGGCAGCAGCGAGGGCGAGCCCGAGCCGCGGGCGGAGCCGGCCGCAGCCCCGUCCCCGGACUCCGGCGCCAGCUCGCCCUCGGAGCGGGGAGCGGAGCCCGCGGCGGGCGGGGCCGGUCCCGGCGCGGAGGGGCCGCUGCCCGCCGGGGAGCCGGCCCGCAGAGCCGGGGCGGGCGCGGGCCCGGGGCAGCGCCGGGCCGGGCAGGAGCUGCUGAGCUUCGGCGGCGAGGAGCGGGAAGGUGAAGAGUUUUUUAAAGUUAAAAAGCCAUCCUUCAACGAAGUAACCUUUAGAAUUAAAAAGAAGGAAAGCUUACUGCCUGCACAGACAGAAGCUGAAGAAAGCAAAAAAAUCUGUCAGUUGGAGUCUGGAGUUGGCAACACCAAAGAUACUCAUGAACAGGAUGAGGACAAUGAGGAUGAAACUUAUUCUUCACUGAAUGAGGAUUACAACAGCUCAGACUCUGAAAAUGAAUCCAGCUCUCCACAGAGGAAGAAGGAUUUACCACCAGGCAAUAUCCCCAGUGCAGCUCAUGUUGAGGCUGCUCGGAGGAAGCGUCACUUAGCCAGGACAGAGGCUGAUUAUCUUGCCCUGGAUGUUUCAAACAGUUCUCAGGUCCCUCAGAGAAGAGGAAGCAGUGAUUUGGAGAGUGAAGAUGAGUCUGAAACAAAGCAUCUCGAUUUUGCUCCUAAAAUGAGAACUCCUAGGCAGAGGAUGACUGAAGACAUGGUGUCUCUGGGUGAUGCAUCAAGUGAUGAUGAAGCCAAGUGGGAAGAACAGCAAAUAAAGAAAGCUGUUAAACUCUCUCAGGAAAUUUGUGAUGAUGCUUCUGUGCAUAAAUACCAACCAACCAAACCCAAGUUUGAUACCUCUGUUUCUCUACCACCUGUGAAUUUGGAAAUUGUGAAGAAGAGAUUGACUGAAAGGAUAACAUCCUUACAGGAUGUGCACCGUGCCCACCAGAGAGAGUAUGAAAAAUAUAUGGAGGAUAUUGAGAGCUCAAAGAUGUCUGUCCAGGAGUUGGAGAAGUCUUCAGAUGCAGCUCUGAAUUACAAAUUCUACAGGACCAUGAAAACAUAUGUAGAAAACUUGAUAAACUGUUUGAAUGAAAAGCUGAAGGACAUAAAUGAACUGGAAUGGGCUGUGCAUGCCCUUCUUCAGCAACGAGCCGUGAGAGUAUCGAAGCGAAGGCAAGAGGAGCUGAAAAAUGAAUCUGCUUAUAUUCAGCAUGUGACAAGUGGGAAUGACAAACCAAUGAAAAGCAAAUUGGAAGGUGAUGAGAAGACACAGAUUCUGAAAAUGUGUGAGCAUCGAAGGACUUGCAGGCGGCAGGCGCGGGAGCAGUCAGGAGAAGGAGAUCACCAUGAGGGCUUGUCGAGUGAUGAGGAGUUGACUCCCACAGAGGUGGACGAGUUUCAGAAGAACAAAGAUAACGUUUUAGAGGAUAGUAGGAAAAUCUUUGAAGAUGUACAUGCAGAUUUUUGUGACAUCAGAAAAAUCCUGUUGAAAUUCCAGGAAUGGAAAGAGAAGUUUCCUGACUCUUACUGUGAUGCUUACAUCAGUUUCUGCCUGCCUAAGCUAUUAAAUCCAUUGAUCAGAGUUCAGUUAAUAAGUUGGAAUCCUCUUGAGCAGAAUUUUACAGAGUUGGAAGAGAUGCCCUGGUUCAGAGCUAUAGAAGAAUUCAGUGAUGCAGAAAACAUAUCUGAAUCAAAAAGACAUGAUAAUCAUGAUGAAGAAGUUUUGCCUAGAGUGAUUGAAAAAACCAUUCUUCCCAAAAUUACAGCAUUUGUGAAGAGUGUGUGGGAUCCUUUAUCUACUUCACAGACAAAGAACCUUGUACAGCUUUGCAACAACAUCUUUGGCAAACAAAUCCUUUCCAAAAAUGAGUCCAACCGAGCAAGAGAGGAUUUGAUGAACACUGUUGUCCUAAGAAUGAAGAAAUCUGUAGAGGAAGAUGUCUUUAUUCCUCUGUAUCCUAAAAGCACUGUGGAAGACAAGUCCUCACUACGUUCAAAAUUUCAAGAAAGACGGUUUUGGUCAGCUGUUAAGCUGCUCUCCAAUGUUGUUCUUUGGGAUGGGAUUGUCCAGGAUGACAAGGUCCGUGAUUUGGGACUGAGCAAGUUGCUGAAUCGUUACCUUCUCCUGAACAUCCUAAACACACCACUAGGGCCGGAUAAUAUCGAAAAGUGUAGUAAGGUGGUUGCAUGCCUCCCAGAAAGAUGGUUUCAAGAUCUCAGGGGUGGAUCAACUCUUCCUGAAUUACUGAACUUCAGCCAGCACUUGCUGCAAUGUGCCCGUGCACUACACAAGGACAACCACAGUGAUGAAACAAAAGAAGUUCUUCUCCUGCUGGUGAAAAUUGGAGCUUUGCAUAUGGUAGAAGACUUCACUGAAGAGCAUAAACUUGAACACCUUAAAGCAAUGAUUGGGAAAUAGAAACCUUUGAAGGAAUGCUUACAUUACUGAAAUAAGCCUGGUAUUCACACUAAACCAGUUCUAAUAUGAAAUUUAAUUAGUGGAUCCUGUCUACUCAGAGGUAGUAGUAAUCACUUUCUUGGUGUUAAAUACAUGAGGUGUUUUUUCAAAAAUGUUUUUUACUGCUAUCUACUCCUAGAUUAGGGAGUAUUUAGAAGUUGCAGUUGUCAAAGCAAUGGUUCAGGCAUCCUAAAAUGUGUGACAGUGCUUUACUGCUGUAUCCUUCUUGAAAGGAAUCCUGCAAACAGAAAGUGCCUGUGAACUUCAUCACUGUUAGCCAGUAAACAACUUGACAAGUGAUUUUCAGAAUUAAUUGCUAAAUACCAUUCUGACUCAGCAGUCACUGAGCUCUUCCAACUUGUGGUCCACAGUGAUUUUUGGAAGGGUUAUUGUUAAGCCAUUCCUAGUGAAAAGGAUUCAUGAUGCCCCUGAAACAGGGGUGGGUCAGUGUGCAGGUAAGGAGCCAGGAUUUUCAUCACAAACAUUGUGCUGAUGAGAACAGAACAACUUCAGUUACUUUCUAGUAAUUGGAGUUCUAGAAAUCUCCCUUUGCUUUCCAGUAAGCUCUACAGAACUUCUUAAUAUCCUUAUUUGGAUAUAAUAUUUUUUCUAAUGUUUUGUAAUUUUGUAUAUUUGCAAUAAAUAUUGUUACAGAAUAACAGGGAUGUUUCAUUCAUCACAGAAUCCAUAUGUUUUUGACUAUUUCUCCAAAGUCUUCUGGGAAUAGAAUUUAAGUCUUGAAGAUUUAAUCCUUAUGCUUUCUUUUUAUAUUUUUUUAAAUUUAAAAUAUAUUUUUGUAAAGUACUUUAAUUGUAAAUAGGUUUGAUCAAUAUUACAGACAAAAGAUAAAAAAUAAUUUGGGUUUUUUUUUUUUGGAAAAUAGAGUAUUUUACUGUGGUAAUGACUCUUACAGCUCAAUUCUUUAACAUGUGACAAAAUGUUAUUAAGUUGUAUGAAGAAAGCCCCUCCAGCUCCAUUAACUUAAGAGUAGCUUCAGGAUUUAUGUUGCAAAUAUUGCUUUCUAAUAAUAAAUUUCUGCUGUUUUUCCUCUCUGAAUGCCAACAAAAAUGCAACUGCUGAUCAGCAGUAACCACAAGCUCAUGAUCUCAUUGCUUUUCUCUUGUUCUGCUUUGCCUCAUCCCAGCUUGUCUCUAGCACCAGCCUUGUGCUAUGACAAAAAUGUAAUUGAUGUUCUAUCACAAUUUAGCUCUGUAGAUGUUUGUUUCUGGAAGAAAGAUUCCUUUUAAUGACUUGUAGGCGUUGAGAGAGGGCAGUGGACACUUGAGACAAAGAAAUCUGUUUAUGCUGAAAUCUGCAAAGGUUAACUUUAUUGUUGCUUUGCCCAUGUAUAUACAAAACUUGACAAUUGAUCAUCCAUACAGUAAACUAAAAAUAUUUUCUCAGGAAUUCUAGACUGCAAAAAACCAUUAUUAUUUUCCAAGUUCUUCACUCAGUUCUUUCCGAAUCUUUUCCUCUAUUUUUGAAGUAUCAUAUUCUCUCAGCAUGUCAAACUCCAGCCAUGGCUGGCUCCACUUCUGUGCCGCUUGCAUUUUAUGUUCUGGUAGCUCAAACUUGAUUCCUUUUAUAUUGUAUUUGGGCCUUUCCCACCGUUUUGACCAUGGUUUAGGUUUCAUUCGUACCUGCACCUAGAGUGAAAGAUUAAAAAAAUCAUAAAAAACCCAAAACAAUAAAAGGUAUUAAGGAAUUAGAUUUUUGAUGGUGAUCUUAGCAAAAGGUGAGAACUGCUGCUCUAACAGGAGGAAAGUAAGAGAAAACUGACUAAUCUCUGUGUGUUUAGUAACUGCUGCUUUAUGGGUUAUCAUUGUAUCUUGUAAAACCUUUUAAUUAACUCUGUCUUGAUUUAGCACGGAGUCCUUAAUUGAAACAUAAAUUGAAUCUAACUCAU